AAACUAACUCCGCUCAGUUUACGGUUUCAAUCUAUCAACUGAUGGAUUCGCGUAAGAUUCGGUAGUCACUUAUCGUCGUCGUAUCGCACAUUCGAAACAAAAUCAUGUUUACUAAAAACAAAAAAGCAUCCAAAAUGGAACAUCAAUUAAGAAUUUUCAUGAUACUGCUGAUAGCGCUGCAUUCAGUUCACGCUUUAGAGAUUGAACAUCCACACAGUUAUUCGCUGUUCAAGCGCGGUGCCGUCUUAGGUGAUAUGACAUACAGUUACGCAGCUACCGACAUGGGAUCAGCUGACGGAGGUCGAGUCAAAACGUUAACUGUCAUCAAGAAUUAUUCUGUACCCAAACCGAUCAGCACGAUGUUCAGCGAUCGAACCGAGACAAUAUUGGAAACGUAUGAUCUUACCGGUGGCAAGAAACCUCAACACGUCCAAUAUUGGCCACCAGAUGAGACCAACAAAAUGAAAACAACUACCGUUAAACAACCAACAUUUGAAAUUCCACCUGAAAUCCAAGAAUUUCCUCAAGAGGAUUUCAAACACCCGGCAGAAAUAUUGGAAAUAGUCAAAAGUGCUGCGAAGACCCAAAGCAAGUUGAUGCGUGGUCCUUCUGGGCCUGAUACAGGUCCUGUUGUGUUUCCUCCAGAUGCUCAAAUGACUAAGAAAAGAAAUAAUGGAGUCAUAAGCGUCGCUAAAGAAUACACAAGUGUUUUAACUACCGAUACUAAAACUCGCAGCAAAACCAAAACACCUGCAAAGCUUAACACUAGAGUAGAAACACCCAAAAUAAGACAAAAACCUACCAAAAAUUCUUACUACGACACUUUCGAUCCUAGCUCUCUUAAUGAGAAUGAUUUUAAACAAACGGAGUACGAAUUUUCUCCCGAAUCUCAAACAUAUAUCAUGAAAGAAAUUUCUAAGGCACCUGUUGAAAUUGCAAAGAAAAUUAAAAAUACACCGUACGCCUACAAAGAUCCUUCGGCUCCAUCAUAUACGAUUGAUUUCAAGCUGUACAGCACUAACGAAACCACGCCAGAGCUGUUAUUCUCCGAACUGGCCAACGCUGUGGCCACCCGGAACGUUUCCAUGAUUAAAAACCUUGCCGAGCAGCUGGAAGAACCUUUGGAAAUACCUCGCUUUGAAUCAUUCAAAACGGCUGGCUUCAUUCCGCUUUCCUACGAUUUCCCGUCCAGGGAAGCUAACAACAAAAAGACAACCACGUCGGCACCAGAACCAGUAAGCAAUAUCGACAGUCAGGAUCUUUCUGAGGAAAUAGUAUACGGUAGCAGCACCACUGCUGAAGCGACGGAAUCUCUGGAAGCAUCCACAACUACAACAACCAAAAAACCCUACAAAUAUAUUGCUCCGAGGUUGCGAAAUGCCAUGAAACGGUUUUCCUCGAGAAAGCAAUGAAACAAAUUGUUUCGUCGAAAUAAAUCUAUUUAUAUUUGUUCUGUUGGUUAAUAAAAUGUUUCGAAAAACUGA